AUGGCUCUACUGGAAGGCGAUGCAUUACUCUACACGGUGUCGUUGCUCACCUGCCUGAGCUUCUUGCUCAUCGGCUACGACAAUGGCUUAAUGGGCGGCUUGGUCAACACCAAGCACUUCGACGCGACCUUCGCAAUCGACACAAAAACGAGCUCAGGCACCAACAUGAUCGCCCUCAUCGUCGCCAUCUUCGAAAUCGGAUGCUUCAUCGGCGCCAUCAUCACCAGUUUCGUCGGCGAAAAGCUCGGACGACGACGCAGCAUCUUCUGGGGUGUGGUUGUCAUGAUCAUUGGUGCGCUACUUCAGGCCACGGCAUACACGAAAGCGCACAUGAUCGUGGCCAGGAUCAUGGCGGGCGUGGGCCUCGGUGCUAUCAACUCCACUGCGCCGGUCAUGAUGGCAGAGUUCGCACCCAAGGCUACACGUGGUAUUUACGUUUGCGCUCAGCUCUCCUGUCUGAACUUUGGAAUUAUGCUGGUGUACUGGAUCGAUUAUGGCUUCAGCACGAUUCCCGGAGGCCACAGCUAUGCAUGGAGGAUCCCGGUUAUCUUGCAGUGCAUCUUCCUCAUUCCGAUGCUGUUCGUCAUCAUGAUCCUGCCGGAGACGCCUCGAUGGCUGGUAUCGCACGACCGACCCGACGAAGCUCUGGAAGUGCUAAGAAGACUGAACAAGGGCAAGACGAGCGAUGCCGUUAUCGAGAGGAGUCACCAGGACAUCGUCAACACUGUUGCAUACGAAGCUUCCAUCGGAUCUGGCACAUGGGGUGACCUGCUUAAGGAAGAUGAGAUCCAAUCCCGAAAACGCUUCCUCAUCGCUUGCAGCAUCCAGGCUUUCCAACAGCUUGGUGGAAUAAACGCUUUGAUCUACUACUCCAGCACUCUCUUCGAGGACUCCCUGGGCUUCAGCCCGAACAUGGCGGCACUCAUGUCUGGUAUCUUGAACACCUGGUUCUUCGUCGCUUCGUUCAUUCCCUGGCUCCUGAUCGACCGUAUUGGACGCAAGCCGCUCUUUUUAUCUAUGAUCAGUCUUAUGGCGGCGGUUAUGGUGGUCCAGACUGGUCUUAUCUACAAUGUGGAGAAGAAGACGGCUAUUGCUACUGCCUGUGGUGCUGGAGGAGCUGCUAUGCUUUUCAUCUUUCAGGGUGCCUUUACGAUUGGUUUCCAGGCUACUGUUUGGGUGUACCCGUCUGAGAUCCUGCCAUUGAAGCUUCGUCAGAGAGGUUCUUCCAUCUCUACAGCAUGCAACUGGAUAUUCAACUUCAUGAUUGUAUACAUCACGCCACCGGCUAUUCGCAACAUCGGCUACCGUACCUACAUCAUUUUCGCCGCUCUCAACGCAAUAUGGGUACCAAUUAUCUAUCUCUUCUUCCCAGAGACAAAGGGUCUCGCACUCGAAGAUGUGGACCGCCUGUUCGCUAAGACUGAAGACGCUCAGCGACAGAUGAGCAUCAUUGACCACGACGACGACAAUGGCAAGGACAAUGUUGUGCAGAUUGCGGAUGUGGCUGCGCAUAAGGUCUAG